AUGGAUGCAAGAAUGGUGGCACAGAGCCAGAGUCCAACACUAACUUUAGUUCAUAGGAACCUCAGACUUAAACCAAAACACCCUUCCGUGGUUGCAGUUCUUACAAGACCUACAGAUGACAUUGCAGGAGAAACAAGAAAAACUAACGUGUACAAAGAUAAAUGGUUCGAUCACUUAGCCAUAAACCAUUUAUCAAAAAGUGUUCAAGCCUCAUCAGGACUCAGUAACAGUAAGAGUGGGUAUGAGAGCCUCGUAGAGGCAGCUACCGUGGCUUCACAGAAAUUUAGUCCUAUUCAACAGCGAGAAGUUGUCAUUCAAGCACUUAAUAUAGCCAUCCCAAAUCCCAUACCUUUAUUGAUAAGGACACUGCUACCACCAUCUAAAUUCGCAAGGGAAUAUUUUGCCGUCUUCACAACUAUGUUCUUUGCUUGGUUAGUCGGACCCUCCGAGGUAAGAGAAUCGGAGGUCAACGGGAGAAUAGAAAAAAAUGUAGUCUACAUAAAAAAAUGCAGGUUUUUAGAAGAGACAAAUUGUGUUGGGAUGUGUAUUAAUCUCUGCAAAAUGCCAUCUCAAUCGUUUAUGAAGGACUCUUUUGGUAUUCCAGUCAACAUGGUCCCCAAUUUUGAUGACAUGAGUUGUGAGAUGAUAUUUGGCCAGGAACCCCCAGCGUCAACUGAUGAUCCAGCACUCAAGCAACCAUGCUAUAAACUAUGCAAGGCAAAGAAAAACCAUGGAACGAAUUGCCUCAGUUAAUGCAGCAGGCUUUCAGGUCAGCAAGGAAGGAACAAGAGUGUCUCCCACCUUAUGUAUGCUGCCAAAGGUGAGACUCACCAGCC